ACAUUGUUGUUGUUUUGUAGUUAAUUCAGAAGGGGGAUACAUUGCAGUCCGACUGCUGGACACGUUUGCUAAUUUGCGACAAGUAACUUCAAACCUAUCGGAAAGCAACUUCAAAAGUUGUACGCAUCCCUGAAAGAAUAUCCGCGCUCAAAAGUGUAACUUUUGUGGGAGUCUGGUCCUUUGUAUGCAUGCAGGGUAUGACGACUCUUUUUAAAGCAAGCAAAGCACUAAAGGUUAAGAAGGAGGCAGGCGAGAAUGCCACGGUGCCCAGUGACGAAGAACUGGUGGCCAUGUCAGUGCGUGAGCUCAACCAGCACCUGCGGGGACUGACCAAGGAGGAUGUGGUGAGGCUAAAGCAGCGGCGACGGACCCUCAAAAACAGGGGCUACGCCGCCAGCUGUCGCAUUAAACGUGUCACCCAGAAGGAGGAGCUGGAGAGACAAAAGACAGAGCUGCAGCAGGAGGUGGACAAGCUGGCCCGCGAAAACGCCAGCAUGCGGCUGGAGCUAGACGCCUUGCGCGCCAAGUACGAGGCCCUGCAGUGUUUCGCCCGGACUGUCACCCGAGGACCCCUCUCCCCUGGCAAGGUAGCCACCACCAGCGUCAUCACCAUUGUCAAGUCUACAAAGCACGGCUCCAACCCAGCCCCUUUCUCAACUCCCUCCUAGUGCAGACAGGACUGGGCUUUUCCUGGUCCUGGCAGGUUCUGACCCGGCCCUAACCCACAAAGCACGGCUCCAACCCAGCCCCUUUCUCAACUCCCUCCUAGUGCAGACAGGACUGGGCUUUUCCUGGUCCUGGCAGGUUCUGACCCAGCCCUAACCCACCCCGCCCCCAUGCUGAGAGGAAGCUCAGUAAAAGGACCGGGGAAAUGAGGUGGUGUGGCUUGCUAUGUGUGAUAACAUUAUGCUGCAUUCAUUACUUUCUUUCUAUCACAUAAUCAACAUUGUCUGUUGCACUGUGCUACAACCCCCCCAGCACCGGCAGAGUUGACCCCUCCCUCCAUGACUGAACGACAGCAGAGAUGAGCUCUUACGGCAGUGAGAUUGAGUACUUGAUAAAUCCAGUCAUGGCAGCACUGGUCUGAGACAACUCUGAUGCCUGUGGUAUCUAGGAUUUGCAUCAGAAAUUAAAGUAAUAUAUAAUCAUUGUAAUACAGUAAAAUAUAGCUAUUUAUGCAAACAAAUGCCAAUCUAAACACUUUUUCUACAUGUAAAAGCACAAUAUUUACCAUGUCUCAGUGUAAAUUGAGCCAUUGAAGCAUUUGCCUUAAAGUGAUCUAUAAGUGAUCUCUGUAAUAUUUUAUUUUCGUUUAUCACAGUCUUUGAUGUUUCCCUUUUCAGUUGCGAUUUUAUAUAAAGCUAGUUCAUAUUUAAUUUUUGACCAAGGCAGGUUGGAUGACACAUGUACAGGGCCAGAAGAACCUUUUGUUUUGGUUUGUUUAUGAAGAUUCAGAAUGCAUGUAUUGAAUACAGUACAUAAACUUCCUUCUCAAAGUUAGGAGAAAGUAAAGCUACCAUACGGGGAAAGUCAGUCCAUUACAUUAUUGAAAACUUGACAAACAUUGCUGAUUAAUAAAUAGCACUUAUUGUGAAACUUUCAAUGCACAGUAUAAAGGUAACAGAAAGCACUUUCAGUGCUCCUGGACCCAUGCAACUUCGAAAAAGAAAUCUAAGGACACCUCAAGCUUUUGAUAGGGGAAUACCAACUCAUUCUAGUGUUACAGUAGGAAUGGGGGAGGGUUUUAUAAUAUGGUGUGUGGAUCUUAGUGGUCAAACCUUUCAUUGCUUAAGGUGUGUCUAGUUUAUUACUUUCGCCAACAAAGGCACAUUUAUGAUGUUCUAUUGUGAUGUCAAGCACUUACCUAUGAUCUUUUGACUCUAAGCCGCCUUCUACAUGUCAUUUCAUGUUGGGUAAUCCAUAUUGGAUCAAGUGAUAAUGUGAGCUGUCCUGACUAAUGAAAUGCAAUUCACUUAUUUCCUGUAUAUUACAGACUUAGACUUAAAUCUCUAUAUUCAUUUCAGUGUAACAGAAGGAAAACUGAACCUGUCAACUGCCUCCUUUGUAACUUUACAAGAGAAUCCGUCCUUAGAAAUCAUUCCUUCUAUUAGGUUAAUAGAAAUUGCUGCUGCCGGUGUUGGUAACUCUGAAACAGUAUACCUUGAACAUAACCUUUGACACAGACUCUUAGAAAAGAAAAAUCCUGUCCCCAAAGUCUAGACACAAGGAGCGGUCAUGACCAAAUCCAGUGACUCUCCUUUCUCCAAAUGUAACCUAUGUUUGUUGAAACGGCAGUUUUAAAAUACAAACUGCCGUUUUUAAUUUAGUCAUUUUCAGUUUUAUUUGGGAUGAAUGCUUCUGGAUGUCAGGAUUUUCUCUUAUUUAAGAGAAUAUGACUGUUCUUACCCUGUUUCUUAGCUGCAAAGAGCACUAAGAGGUGACUUUGCUGCUGUAUGGCCCUCAGAGUUUUCAAGCAGGGCCAUUGCUGUGCUCUUAUCAUUCUCAUUUUGUAUUUUCAGCCCAUUUACAAUGUAUGUUGAUUCACCUGUUAUUUCCUCAUAAUAUUUAGUUUUACUGUAUGUAUAUAUGUUUGUGUGUGUAUAUAGAUAUAUAGCACGUGUGUAUUUUCUAUAUGUGUGUCUUUAUUAUUGGGACAUUCAAUACCUGGGAGUGGUGUGAUCCUGUAAUAACUUUUAAAGGUAUAUAUAAAUACUGCAGUGGGAUGGUAACGUUUCGCCUACAUAUCAUGAAUCAGUUCUGGUGACUUUUAUAAUCAUAAUUUUAUAAUUUGGGACCAGAUUAUGGUUUUCCGUGAGAAUAACACCGGGUUAGUCAGUAAUCUAUCAGUAAUGGGUAAGAAAAACACUUGAAUUAGACAAAAAUAAGCCCCUUUACAAGCUGUUUGGUGACAUCUGGUGGUAGUUUGUGUGUUGUGAAAAGGAGGGACAUGAUCAAUUCUUGGUGACACGUUUCAAAUCAAUUGGAUAUUACAUUUUGAUUUGUAUUUUUUCCAUUUUAAAAGCCUCCCAUUGCAUAUACAGAAAAUGGAGAAUUCAGUAGCGGCUAAUUCAUAUAUGUAUCAUACUGUAACUUUAUUUCCAGUAAGUGUUAGCAAACAUUAUCUUACUUGUUGGGACUAUAAAUUUACAAUCAUGUCUAUUUAAAGGGGACAAGGCACUGUAACAGCAGUACAUUUUUAACAUGGACUGUUGCCAAUUUUCUUAUGGCCAUUACAAUGCAAUGAUAAAGAAAUUGGUGGAUGUUUUAAUUACUACGUGGGUACUACUUUAUUUCUUUAGGUUUGUUUUUGUCCCCUGUAAGAGGCCUUAUAGACUGAUAAGUUAGGAUUAUUAUAUAAAUAUCCUUCCCCUAGUGUUUCUAUUUUUUAAGCAAACCUUACAUAUUUUAACUUCUAAAAGCUAAAGUUUUACGCACAUAGGACAUUUUUUACCCUUACU